GGCUGAAUCAGGUUCACAAAGAGAGAGCCUAUAUGGGCCUGUGCUGAUGCACUAUGUUAUGUCUGAUAGACUGACGUUUCAUUGUGCUGAACUCGGGGAAAGAGAGAGCAACAUACUGUGAGACAUACUGCUACGGAGAACACCGCGGAUUUGGACGGUCAGAACUGAGGUGCUUUUUGGAGAUCCAAAAAGGUCUGCAUGGGUACUGAGAACACAUCAGGGCUCCUACCAACCUCUCUACUUCCUAAAGGCCCAUUUCCCUACCGGGUUCCACCCAAACCCCAGCCCAGAAGGGAACGAUGGCACUGGGCCACAGACACGGUAACUGUCCUGAACAGGAACACCUGUACAGGUGAAGCAGGGGACCAUGGUCAGGAGAAGGGACAACUGACCAGGAACAAGUCCAUACCACCUCUCAUCAAUAGCCAGGGGGACUCUAUUUCGUCUGAAGUUAUGACCUCUGGCUCUUCCAGGAUCCAAUCUGCAUCUUCAACGACACCAGCGGAGGAACAGUGGGCUUCCAUCGGAUUCACACCUGUUCCAAAGCCUCGUCUCAGAGUCGGACCAACACCUGCAGAGGAACAAUGGACUUCCAUCGGAUUCACACCUGUUCCAAAGCCUCGUCUCAGAGUCGGACCAACACCUGCAGAGGAACAAUGGACUUCCAUCGGAUUCACACCUGUUCCAAAGCCUCGUCUUAGAGUCGGACCAACACUUAACCCACACAGCAGAGACUCAGAUCUGGCAGCAGGACAUAUGGAGGAGCCCUUAUGCUUACGUACCAACCCUGUCCAAAGACUUCCUCCCCCUAACAAGCCCCUCCCAACUUUGAAAAUAAACAGUAUUGUUCAGAGAAGGGUCCACAUGAACACUGAGAACAGAAACAGUGGAUCCAUGGUUGUCAUUGACACUGAGGGCUCAGGAGCGGAUUUACAUUAUACACAGCUUCCAAGAGGCAGCCGGGAGAGGCUGAACACUGCUGUGACAGACAAGCUGAAAGCAAACUGCAGAGAGAAAAACGGUUUAUUAGAAACCUUGUGGCAGGAACGCAAACUGGUGCAAGAGAGCGGAAUAUUGCCGUACCUCAACAAGCAAGAGCUGCUGCUACAGGAGAGUAUGUAUGAGGUGGUGACGACAGAGCAGUCCUACCUGGAGAGGCUGGGUGUCGCUGUGAACCAUUUCAUGAAGUCAUCUACCCUGCGUCUAGCCCUGUCACCCAGAGACCACAAGUCCCUUUUCUCUAGUAUUGCCAAGAUCAGGGAGAUUAGCCAGAACUUUCUAGACGUAAUGAGGGAGGAGCUGGAGUCUAACCUGCUAUGUGACAUAUUGUAUUCUCAGCUUUCUAGACGUAAUGAGGGAGGAGCUGGAGUCUAA